AUGUGUACCUUCUUUUAUUUUUGUAUUCUCGUUUGCAUGGGAUUGCAAGCGGUAUUUUUUGGGCCUUUAAGGAUCAUUGAGCAUGAGCAUAUGUAUGAAAAUACAUGGUAUGCACUGUCCGAAAUUCUAAUGGCAAUGACUAUUUUUAAAGAUGAAUUCAACACACGAUUUGCGUUCUUUUUUGGGAUUCUUUUGGUGGGAAAGCUUGCUCACGGCCUGCUUAAAGACCGUCUUGACUUUAUGGAGCAAACCGCUGUCCUGAACAGAAUAUUUCAUCUCAGAAUGAUAUAUUUGCUUCUCGUUCUAUUUUUCUUGGAUGUUGGAUUCCUGAGAUAUUCUAUAGGCCAAAUAUCCACAUAUGGCCCAUCGAUGAUGCUUAUAUUUGCUUUUGAGGCCGGCAUACUUACCGUGUCUCUGAUCUCAAGUGCAGCAAAAUAUGGCUUUAAUAUUUAUGACUCUUCCCUUGCUCCAGAAGAGUGGGAGUCAAAAUCAAUUGCAAUGGUCUAUUUGGACAUCAUUUCCGGUACUUUUACGAUGCUCUCAUCGAUUAUAGACUUUUUCCGUCUUCUCUUGUAUGGGACCUUUUUUGGCGCCGUUACAGGUCUAUAUGGACUUCCUAUUCACAUCAUACGAGAUUUUUAUUUGACAGUAAAGUCGUUAGCUACAAGAAUUCAGGACCUUCGUCGAUUCCUACAGGCAACGCAGAAUAUGGAGGAAAGAUAUAUGGAUGCUACAGAACAAGAUCUUGGUGCCUCUGACCGUCUUUGUAUUAUUUGCAGAGAAGAUAUGCAGUCUGCAAAGAAACUUGACUGUGGACAUAUGUUCCAUUUCAAGUGCUUGAAAAGCUGGCUCGAACGCCAACAAUCUUGUCCGACAUGUAGGAGCCCUAUUUUAGCUCGAUCACCGCAUGCUGCUCCCCAAAAUUCCCAACCCAAUGUCUCCACAGCAAGAGAAAGCCCCGUUUUACGAUAUGGGCACUGGAGCGGUAGCAAUUCUGGCCAUCCUGCAUCUCCGUUCGAGAGCCCUCAGCAACUUGAAGAUUCUGAUUUCAAUGAAGUCACCCGGCAAAUAGAGGGUCUACGCCGAAUCCAGUCGCAAAUCUCUGGCGUGAUUGCCGAAUUUGACCGCUUCAAGAGUGAAAACGAACAUUAA